AUGCAGGCUCUUCGUGCUCUUCAGCGAUCUGGCCUCCAGAAGGCGGUCGCUGCCGCCUCGUCGUCGUCUUCGACGCUCUCGCACCGAUCCUUCCACUCGUCGCGACGUGCGCUCGAGUUCUCCAAGUUCAACAUGCCCGCCAUGUCACCCACCAUGACCGAGGGUGGUAUCGCCGCCUGGAAGAAGCAGCCCGGUGAGGCUUUCUCGGCCGGUGAUGUUUUGCUCGAGAUCGAAACCGACAAGGCUACCAUGGAUGUAGAGGCUCAGGAUGACGGUGUCCUCGCCAAGAUUCUCGUCGGCGACGGUGCCAAGGCUGUCCAGGUGAACUCGCUCAUCGCUAUCAUGGCCGAGGAGGGCGACGAUCUUUCGGGCGCUGAUGCCUUUGCCGCCAAGGCUUCGUCCGAGGGAGGCGAAGCUAAGCCAGCUGCCAAGGAGGAACCCAAGGAGGAACCCAAGGAGGAACCCAAGGAGGAAUCCAAGCCCAAGGACGAGCCCAAGCAGCAGGAAUCCACCCCGUCCUCGUCAUCGUCAUCCUCUUCGAGCUCGUCGUUCGGAUCGCAGAGCUCCGGCGACCGUAUCUUUGCUACCCCCGUCGCGCGCAGGUUGGCGCAGGACAAGGGUAUUGCGCUCAACAAGAUCAAGGGUACCGGCCCUGAGGGCCGCAUCAUCAAGGCCGACGUCGAGAACUACAAGCCUGAGGCUGCUGUUGCCGCUCCUGCUGCUUCGUCUGCUGCUCCGGCCAAGUCGGCCGGUGCGCCCGCACCUGCUCCUGCCGCGAGCGAGGGCGGCGACUACACCGACAUCCCCGUCUCCAACAUGCGCCGCACCAUCGCUGCGCGUCUCACCGAGUCCAAGUCGUCCAUCCCACACUACUACGUCAGCAUCGACGUCGAGAUGGACAAGGUGCUCAAGCUUCGCGAGGUGUUCAACAAGGCUGCUGCCGAAAAGGCGGGCAAGGACGUCGAGAAGGCCAAGGCUGCUAAGCUCAGCGUGGGCGACUUUAUCACCAAGGCUGCAGGUGUAGCGCUCAAGGAGGUGCCCGAAGUCAACUCGGCCUGGUACGGCGAUUUCAUCCGACAGCACAACAAGGCGGAUAUCUCGAUCGCGGUUUCCACGCCUACCGGUCUGAUCACGCCUAUCGUCAAGGAUGUUGGUGGUUCGGGUCUGGCUACUAUUUCGGCAGCUACCAAGUCGUUGGCUGCCAAGGCUCGUGCCGGCAAGCUAGCUCCGCAGGAGUACCAGGGAGGCUCUUUCACCAUUUCCAACAUGGGCAUGUUCGGUAUCACCCACUUCACCGCCAUCAUUAACCCUCCGCAGAGCUGCAUCCUUGCCAUUGGUGGAACCGAGGCGCGCCUCGUGCCUGACGCCGAGAGCGAGCAAGGCUUCCGCAAGGCCAUGAUUAUGCAGGCUACCAUCUCGGCCGACCACCGAACCGUCGAUGGUGCUACUGCUGCCAAGUGGAUGAAGGCCUUCAAGGAUGCGCUCGAGAACCCGCUCAGCUUUAUGCUUUGA